GAUAAAAUCAAGCUUAAAAGUGCAUUUAGAGUUUGGCACCGCUUCUACUCCUUUAAAGCCAUCAAACUCUUCUCUCUUUAGGCUCUUUAUUUUAUUUUCUUCUUCUCGACAACUGUCUGAAAACCAUUAACAAUUGGGAAAGAAAAAAAUAAAAACAAAAUGCAUAAGAUCCCUUCCCCAUAACUUUUCACCGACGAGGGCAAGGCACCCGGUUUGAUCAUUGAGGGCAACGGUCUCACUAUUUCUCUCCCAGUGCGAUGGGGAUCUGCCGCUCAAUGCGCCCGCGCAAACACUUUCAUUCCUGUCGAUCAUGACCGCAUGUACUACUAUGAGAUGACGGUUGUGGACCAAGGGGAUGGCAAGAGGAUCGGUCUUGGCCUCUGCGCUGGGGACACUUCGCUGAAUGGAAUGCCGGGGUGGGAGGUGGACGCGUGGGGAUAUCACGCUGAUGAUGGGGCCAAAUUCCCUGGACGUUCUCAGGGGCUGAAAUAUGGGCCGGUGUACGGUACUGGGGAUGUCGUCGGUUGUGGCCCGGAUUUCAAGAGGGGAUUUGCCUUCUAUACUUUGAAUGCCGAGUAUCUGGGUAGGAGCCACGGAUCCACUGCUUGGGAUUGGGUUAAUAUGUGCUCUAAGCCCGGCCAUCUCGCUCAAGGAGGGGCUUCGCAUUUGGCCGAUGAUAGGGAUGGGCAGCGCUGGUGCAAAGGUUUCCGUUAACUUUGGUCAGAGGAGGUUUACGUGGGACGGGAUAGAUUAUCUGGAGGGGCGCUGGGGAGAUAAUGCUACGGUUGAAUACGGAAGAGAGGCGGGCUAUGGAAACUGCGGUCUUCAUUGAUUGAUUGGGUUCUGGCGGGUUUUUAUGAGGGAUGUGGGAUUUGUGAGCUAUGAUUAGUAUCUGUUUUGAAAACAAAUACACAAAGUGGCCCAAUGUCCUGCAUAAUUAAUUACGAAUUCCUACGAUAAUGUAUGAUAAUAUUAUUAUUAUGCUGUUAUUAUGGUGAAGGGUAGUUUGGCAAGCUUAAAGCUCUUCUACUGUACACCCCUGAACCCUGAGCCCUUCUGAUUUCGGGAAGGUUUGGAGGGGCACUCGUCUUGGCAAGGUUGGUCCCUGUAAACUCUCAAUCACCCCGCAAUGGAUAGUCAUCUCACAAACCUUUGACCCAUCCAUAUUCUUUUUCAACGAACAACCACCCUGUCUCCCCUAGCAGUUCGAUAUCUUGCUCGUACGCUUUCCCGCUGAGUUUUUUCCCACCAACCCUUGUGCCGCCAUUCUGUUGGAAUACAAAGGACCAUGGCAUCACUUGUUCUCUCCGUCUCUCCAUCAGACGUUACCCUCCCCCUUAUCCUCUCGUCGUACAAGUCACUUCCAAUUACUAUUUCCACCGAGGAAACGCCCGCCGUUUCUCACCCGACCCUACCAAACAAUGAGGCCGUUGCCGGAACUAACACCAUUGUUUCACAUCUCUCUACCCUGAUCCCGUUGUUUGCAAACACAACCUACACCGACAUCGAGUUUGCAGAAAUCAAUCAAUGGCUGACUCAACGUCUGCUACCCCUGUUCUUGAGGAGACCAUCCCUCAGUUGAACGGGAACCUGAAAUUUCGUACCACCAUUCUCGGCGAGAAGCUGUCAAUUGCUGAUGUGGCCGUUUACGCCCGGAUCAGGGGUCAGGCAGCUUCGUGGAGUGACGAGCAGAAGACGGGCGAAAAGGGCUAUAGGUAUAUUAUUCGUUGGGUUGACUUUGUUCAGAACACUCCGGAUUUGGGGCUGCAAAUUCCCCCGGAGGAGAAGGUUGCUGUGGAUCCUAGCAAGGUGCUGGUUUACCUGAAGCCCGAGGAGCUUGUCAAGGAAAAGAAGAAGGAGGGAGCUGCGGAUGGUGAGGGCUCAAAGAAAAAGGGGAGGGGUAGGGUGGCUGUGGGGGAGGCUAAGGAGGAGGCUGAAAAGGUUAAGGAGGGUGUCAAUGAGGCAGCCGGAAAGGCUGCUGCUGCGGUGGCUAGCGAAGGCAAGCAAUGCAAGAGGGAAAAGAGAGAGAAACCGAAGAGGGAGGCUCAUAAGAAAGAAGAGCCGGUUAUUUCUCCUUCUCAAAUUGACCUCCGCGUUGGGCACAUCGUUUAUUGCGUGCCUCAUCCAAACGCCGACUCGCUAUUCGUUUCUACAAUCUCAAUGGGCGAUCCCGAGGGCUCUCCUCUUGUGACCCCCCAUUCUGAGCUUUCCCUCCCGAACAUAGUUAUCGCAAAAUUAACCCCCCUUCCAACUGUCCGCACAGUCUGUUCUGGUUUGAACGGUCUUGUCCCGAUCGAGGAGAUGCAAGACCGUAGGGUCGUUGUCGCAAACCUCAAGCCCGUGACGAUGCAUGGAAUUAGGUCCGCAGCCAUGGUGCUCGCAGCCUCACCCGCACCCGUUCCGGGCGAGGACGCGACUGCACACAGGAAAGAGGCCGUGGAGCUUGUAGCACCGCCUAAGGGUGCUAUUGACGGUGAGAGGGUAUUCUUUGAAGGGUAUAAGACCGAGCCAGAAGCAGUAUUGAACCCCAAGAAGAGGAUUUGGGAGCAGAUACAGCCCGGCUUUGCUACUACAUCCGAUUUGGAUGGUAAAGCCCCGGGAGAAGGCCCGAUAGGCAGGUUGGUUACGGAGAGUGGUGGUGUCAGCAAGGUUAAAUCUCUAGUUGGCGCUGUUGUUAGGUAGAUACUGCUUGUCGUGGGAUUUGUUUUCCCCUUAUAUGUUGAAACUAGCUUGCUUAAUUUUAUGCUUUAGUGGGUGUACCUUGUUGUAACAUGGGAUCAUACUGCAGGCUUUAUCUGAUGGUUACAAAAAAA